AUGGUAAAAAGACCCAGAAUCACACUUACUUGUUUCUUCUGUCAGAAAAGAAAAGUAAAAUGUGACAGGGGGACGCCUUGCAGUUCUUGUAUUAAAUACAAUAAAGUUUGUGAAUAUCCCAGGAAUGAAGAAUUAUUAAAUCGGAAAAAUAACAGAUCUCGGCCAACUAAAUUAUACGAUACUGAUUCGGUGACAGUAGGGGAUCCAGGUUUGAUAGAUGAUCCGAUAGUAGCAGAUGGAAACAUAGUAAAAUCGUCUUCGGCUUCUGUAAAACUCCAUUGGGAUAAGAAAGACUUCCCCAUGCUUGAAAGUAUCAAUGCUGUAAAUACUUAUUUUGAAACUAUUGACAAAAUUAAGUAUCUGCCAGAAGAUGAUCAUCAAGUCGGAGAUAUAGAAAUCAACCUAUUACAUCAAUAUAAUAAUCUAAUCAUUGACGAACCUUAUAAAAGAAGAUUUAUGGGACCUAUAAGUUGGAAUGCCAUAGUGAGAACCGACCCUUUCUUAAACAAACUAUGGGAAAGAGUUUAUACAAGAUUAGAUAGUGACGAAAAAUUGGAUUUCGUUGUGAAGUUACCAAGCCCAACAGAUUUGCAUUUGAAUGAAACUGAAGCUGAAAAUUUUCAUAACAGAGUAAAGCACGACGAAGGAAGAUGGGAUGGGAGAAAUCAAAUAAGUGCCGGAGAAAUAGUUGAUGAAAUAAAUAAGAUACUCCCUUCUUCGGAAAUAAGAAAGGUUUAUUUGGACAGAUUCUUCAAUCAUAUCAUUCAAUUCUUACCUAUAAUUGAUCAAUCAUCGUUUAUGGAUAAUUUAACUAGAAUCAUCGUUAAUAAUAGGGUAAUUUCAAAGGAUAAAUUAGAUUUUAUCAUCAUAGGUCAAUUAUGCAUAAUGCUUAGAAUAAGUUAUGUAUCAUAUGCUUCCCAUUCUGAUGCCAUCUCGGAAGAAGCUAUAUUCUUAGAAUCUAAUAAAAUAGAUGCUAAAUUUUACGAUCUUUGUCAAUCAUGUAUAAACCAAUUCAAUUUAGCUACUAGUAACUUGGAGUUCUUGAGAUUACUAAUAAUGUUUAAAUUCUAUAAAGAAUAUGCUCCGGAGCUUGGUGAUAGUCAAGAAAUUGGGGAAACUCAAAUCAGUAAUAGUUUACUUCUUCAACUGGCAUUUCAAUUAGGUCUUCAUCUUGACAAAAGGUAUGAAAAUUUAUGGAAUUUUUUACUUGAAUGUGAUUGUUUAACCUUCCUUUCUAUUGGAGAUGUCAAUAACAUCGAUAAAUUCAAUGUUAAAAGUGAUAACUUCUUGGUUAGUUUUGUCCUGGAAUUAAAUACAUUAAAAUUUAAUUUCACAUCCUUUAAAAUCAACGAUAUGAAUAAUAUCAUCAACAAAUACGAUAAGUUACUCGAUGACCAUGGAAAAGAUGAUACUUUUGAAUUGACAAAGUUCCUUAUCAAGAAAUUACAAUUGAAUUAUUUCAAAUUAUCUAUCUAUAGUCAUUAUUACAAUUAUUUGAAUCAUCAAUACCCUGAUUUAAGUAACAAGUAUCUAUAUUCUAUGAUAAGGAUAUGUUAUAAUAAGAUAUUACCCAUCAUUAUCAACUAUUUCAUCAACGAAGAUAUUCAAUUGGUUGACUUCAUGAUCCUUCCAUACAUUGAAAAACUCAUUCAUAAAACACUAUUACUAAAUUUAUCCAUACUAGUAAGACUCAAUUUGUUACACCCCCACUGUAGAAUCAUCAAUAAAGUGAUCAACUUAUCAAAAAACUUGAUCAAUUUCAUUGUUAAUUUAUCAAACAAAUAUUAUUUUAGUUGGAGAAUAACUCGAAUUCAAACUUUCUUACUUGAAUGUGUGAUGUAUAAUGUGGAAUUCUUUAGAGAUGCUACAACGGUUAUAAUAGGCGGGGAUUUCGAAAGUGAGGUUGACCACGUAUUAUCGAAUGCUUUGAGUAACAUCGAAUUUAGUAAGAAUUUCAAAUUAUUUGAAUCAUCCCAAUUUCAAAUUGAUGAUUUCAUCCUAUAG